CAAACGUGCUCAAAAUGUUAGUUGGUCGUUCAAUCUUCACUUCUUCGAGGAUUCUUAGAUCCCAGAAGCCAAGAAACCUCCUCAAACCCACAGCACACUUAUAUAUCUACCUGAAGAUUGCCAAGGCUUAUUUUUGUAGCUCUGUGUCGUCGAAAAUUAACGUCAAUGGCGUAGACUUGAGUUACGAGCAAGAAGGUAGUCAAGAACAAGUUGUUCUCUGUCUACCAGGUGCUCUUGGGACAACACAGAGCGACUUUGGUCCACAGUUAAAAGGACUUAGUAAUGAAUUUACUGUAGUAGCCUUUGAUCCGCGAGGCUAUGGGAAGUCAAUUCCUCCUGUUCGAGAUUUUCCCAGUGAUUUCUUCGUUCGGGAUGCUUUGGAUGGUUCAGAACUGAUGCGAAAACUAGGUUUCAAGAAAUACUCUCUCCUUGGUUGGAGUGAUGGGGGUAUAACGGCUAUGAUCCUUGCAGCAAGUAACCCAAGAGCCAUUGACAAGAUGGUUAUCUGGGGUUCCAACUCAUUUGUGACCAAUGAAGAAAUGGAAACAUACGAGAAAUUAAGAGAUACAGAUACAUGGCAUCCGAAGAUGAAAGCCCCUCUUGAAGCAAUGUACGGACAGCAAGGCUUAAAGUCCAUGUGGGGUGGCUGGAUAGAUGCAUUUGAUAGGUUUUCCAAGCAAAAUGAUGGCAACAUUUGUCGAGAGUAUCUACCCAAGAUAAAAUGUCCCACCUUGAUCAUCCAUGGGCAGAAAGACCCCUUGGUUCCAGACUUCCAUCCAGAGUACCUUCAUAAAAAUAUCACAGACUCUACGUUGUACCUGAUGCCUGAAGGCCGACAUAACCUGCAUUUACGAUAUGCCAAUGAGUUUAAUUCUAUAGUGACAAAGUUUUUAAAGGAGAAGGCAGAGAAAUAAAAUUCCAUUUGAUUUUUGCAGUGUAAUCCUCCAUUUUCCAUGCAUUGGUUCACUGGUCAAACACAAAUCACUCAAGUGAGGUGUCAAGGUAGUUUCAAUACAUUAUUCAAAUUUGAACCUUGCMAMCUCKAGUGAAUGCUUUGUGUUUGACCAGUGAACCAAUGCAUGGAAAAUGGUGAAUUGUCCAAAUCUUUCUACAAUGUUGUAGUAUUUUUCUUGAUAUGGUUAGCAUACUGUAGCUGUUAGUUAAUCUAAAAACCUUUUAUUCUCAACUACCGACUCUAUAUUUUUUGUUUUGUUAUUUUCCAGAAUAACAGGUAAUAUCCCCCAUGUUUCUUCCUUAGUUUCAGUUUUAUGAUUUUUUUGUACAGAACUUGAUUUUCACUAUUUUUCUUCCAAAAUUGUACAAACAAUGUCUUUACAACACAUGCCAGUAAAAUGACCCUACAUGUCCCUACAACACAUGCCAGUAAAAUGACCCAGCAUUGCCCUAAGACACAUGCCAGUAAAAUGAUCCUGCAUUGCCCUACAACACAUGCCUGUAAAAUGACCCUGGAUGGCCCUACAACACAUGCCAGUAAAAUGACCCUUCAUGGGCCUACAAAACAUGCCAGUAAAAUGACCCUGGAUGGCCCUACAACACAUGCCAGUAAAAUGACCCUACAUGUCCCUACAACACAUGCCAGUAAAAUGACCCAGCAUUGCCCUAAGACACAUGCCAGUAGAAUGACCCUGCAUUGCCCUACAACACAUGCCUGUAAAAUGACCCUGAAUGGCCCUACAACACAUGCCAGUAAAAUGACCCUGGAUGGCCCUACAACACAUGCCAGUAAAAUGAUCCUGCAUUUCUCCUACAACACAUGCCAGCAAAAUGACCCUGCAUGGCCCUACAAUACAUGUACAUGCCAGUCAAAUUUAACUUUUACCUUUACUUUUAUCUAAUGUUCUUCAUACAUCAGCCUGAAUCAGUGUUCCUAUUACAUUAUAUUCCAAUUAGGCCAUUGGCACAGAUCCAUAGGGUCAUUACAGGGUUACAUUAUACCAAUGUAUGAUGCCUAAUGCAUAAAAUGUUACUCAAUGUUUAA